GUUAGACGGUCGUGUUAGCGCCGCAGCUUGUAUAUCGAGGUAUAAUCACACGAAUAUAUUUGUGUUACGUUACGCACUCGCAUGCACAGAGUGGAUCCGAUGUGAAAUGCACUGUGAAGUGACCGGGUGUGUCGUUUGAUGUUUGUUUGUGGGGAAGACACGAGCCGCACUCAUGAUUCAGGAAACGCAAUCGACCAGUGCGGAAAGAUGGAGUGGACACGGUCCAGAACACAGCAUGGCUCUACAGCAAAUCCUCAAGCUUCAAGAGGCAAGAGCGCUUCACAAAACAUCGCUCUUACCAAUUUACAAGAAGAAUGGCCUGGCAUCAACCCCGAACGAAGCUCACGACAAAAUAAGGGAUCGAAAGCCAGAAUACGCUGAUCCCAGCGAACAGUUGAAGCUCGAAGCAGAGUUCAGAAGGCUGAUGGAACAGCAAGGGAGGGACCUUUGCAAUGAUGAUUCUCUGAAGUAUUUACAACACAUGAUGGAGGUGAAUCACCAUUACAAGUACCUCAAAAGCAUUCAAGAAAGAGAAUCGCGGAGAACGACGCCCGAAGACACGGUAAAUGUGAAAAAGGAAAGAAUAUCUCCUGCACCAAAUAGGACAUCUCCUCGCGAAAGUCGGUCUCCUGCUCAAAAAGUAUCUUCAGCAGAAGUAUCACCCAGCCAUAGCGUUCAACUAUCCACAUCAUCAAGUCCAAUUUCCAGUUCUAGUCAGAUGAACACAUCUCCUUUAAAUCAUUUACAAAAUAUGCAACCAUACGAUUUUCGUAAAAAGGCAGAUAAUGAAAAGGAAGCAAGAAAAUUGAACGAUGUCAAUGCUACUGACAGAGCAAUAGAUUUGAUGAGAAGUCAAUUUUUCAACUUUCCGCUACAAGCGAAUUUACCUUGUCCCCCUAUGGCGAUGCCUUCCGCAUUCAGUCACCCGGCAGCUAUGGUAGCUGCCCUAAGCCAAAAUCCUAUGGGACUCGCUUCACUACAAGCCCUUUUACCUCAAAUUUCAACGAAACCAGUGGAGAUACCAGAUAAAUCGGUAAACAGCUUUAGCCAAUCCAAACCUGAUGACACAAGAAACGACGAGGAGAGUGUACUUAAUUUAAGCAAAGACACCACCUAUGUUGAAAGCAAUCAGAAUCCGAGAAACGUGCUACUAGGUCCACCGAAACGCCAGUGGGGCGCAACACAAAUGCCUUUAAAUUUAGGAACUCAAUUCAUAAAUCCCGCGACAGGUAAGAAGAGAGUUCAAUGCAACGUAUGCUUAAAAACAUUCUGCGACAAGGGAGCGUUGAAAAUACAUUUUUCUGCCGUGCAUCUCAGAGAAAUGCAUAAAUGCACAGUAGAAGGUUGCAGUAUGAUGUUCAGCUCUAGGAGAUCCAGAAAUCGACACAGUGCUAAUCCAAAUCCAAAACUGCAUUCUCCGCAUUUGCGACGAAAAAUUUCUCCUCACGACGGCAGAAGCGCACAAACUCAUUCCGUACUCAUUUCACCUCACGCAGCUGGUUUGAACGUCCCACCUGUGAUGAACCAUAUGAAUCCGUUUGGUUCAUACACACUCUUAAACCCACCACAGGGCCUAAGACAGUUUGCAUCAAAUAUUCCCAUAGACUAUAAAAACAGUAUGAAUGUUGGGUUCUCACACUUUGACCAAUCACACACAGUCAGACGUGAUAUGAACUCUAUCGAGAACAAAGACCAGGAAGGCCAAGGCGAAUCUGAUGAAGACGACGGAAUUGUGGUCGUUGCUGGCGAUGAUGACGAUGAAGAGAGUGACCAUGUCGACAUGAAUGGAUAUUAUUCCAAUUUGAAUAAAUCCUACUGUAUGGAAGAUUCUGAAACAGAUUGCGACCAACGCAGUAACAGUGACAAUAAUGAAAGUACGGAUUUCAAGAAAGACGAUAGCCAUUCCGAAGUUCUAAAGCGAAAACGCAAAAAUUUAAACCCAUUACGCUUACAAAACAACGCCGGUGAAAAUGAUUACCUGGCUCAAAAUCGAGUGCCGAGCGAAGAAGAAAAAGUUUUGGAUUUGAAAAGGAUAAAAAAGGAACCUCACCAUUACGAAAGAAGAACCGAGGAAGCUGAGACUUCUAUAACCAAUAAAACACAUAUUAAACAGGAGCCUACAAUCGUCGAAGAAGAACCCGCCGACAUGACGUAUAACGUUCAAAAUCUUCGAGUUAAAGAAGAACAGAUUGAAAGGCCCGAGACAAUAAAAAGUAGCACUCCAACUAACGAACAUUAUUCUUCAGAAAAUUCUCUGAAGAGGCUGGAGAGCCUGUCUAAAGGCGAAUUUCCGGAAAUCCCGAAAAAAAAUGACAUUAAUGCAUUAGGACCUUGUAAUCUGACAACAAACGAUUCAAUCGACUUCUCUGAUCGAUCCCCAUCGUCCUCAGUCUCCAGUUACGAUUGUCCUUCCGAAGAAACACAAGGUCAAAUUUACGGACAUUUUGACGAUGGCUUCUUUGUGAGCAUAACCGAUAUCCCUGUUGACAACGACAAUCCAAAGAAAUGUACCGCCUGCGGAAGGCUAUUUCAGAAUGUGUACGUCUUAAAAACACACUACCAGACCGCUCAUUUGAAGCUCAGGUAUAAAUGUAGCUUCGACGGUUGCAGAGCGGCAUACUCCUCGAGAAAAAGUCGGGAUCAGCACAGCGGAAACGUAACAUUACACAGGAAAUUGUCUUCAGACGAUUUCAGAGUGACGGACGACAGUUCCAAGCUUCUUGACAAAAUCCGAGAUCAAAUGGAGCUGAUCGCGUCUUUCAAAGAAGAAGAACGGGCUGUACCGUUCGUAGAAUCACAAGUCUACUACAAAGCAAAGGAGACCGAGAAGUACAAAACGCAAAUAAAUCAAAUACCAUUUUGCAAUCCCUACCCGCCUAUGCAACUGCCUGAGUAUUUUAACAAUCGUGAUGUCCUUACCCAUCACCCAUUUCUCUUUUCGCCGUUCGGUAUGUUUCCGAGCUUCCCUCCGGUGCCUCUAGGAUUCUUACCUCCGAGCUUGAACGCUUUUAACUGUCAAAGCUACUCCUCGUCUCUGAGUCGCAGAUUGAACUACUGCGUUGAAGAUGAAGCGCCUCAGUUGAAUAAAGACGGAACGUAUCCUUGCCGCGGCUGUAGAGAUAACUUCAAGGAUCUGUCUUCGUUGAAGCAGCAUUGUGAGACGGUGCACUCCCAGUCGUUGCACCGCUGUUCUCUUCCCGGCUGCAACUCUGCUUUCUUUUCUAGAACGAAAAGAAACAUUCACUACGAGUCUCAUGUCUCCCGAAGACAAAGCUUGAGGAUGCCCCUGAGUCCCUCGUGAUCUGGUCGAGUUUAAAACAAAAAUAUUUGAUGUAGAGUGAUAUCUUCAGUGCAUUUGUGAUCAUAUUUAAUAUAGCUUCGAUUAAAAUAAAUUAAUAUAGUCCUAAAUAAUGUCUUAAAUUUCUAUGCCAUAUAUCGUUAUGGUUUCGAAAUUUACAUAUGUAAAUAGGUAUUCUUAGUUGAAACAGUAAAUUUAUUUUUUCAUCUUAUCAACGUACUUCACGCAUGUCAACUAAUCCCAUCAAUAAAUUACUUUAAUUAUCAGAUAAAGUUUUAGUUUGGCUAGACUUAAUGUAAAAUUUUGAAUUCCCUCUCUUGCAGUAGGAUCAUGUAUAAAGAUAUUGUUAUGAAGUUUCAAUGUUUUAGAUGUACUUUCGUCUUGUUUUAUUUACAUAAUUACGUACUUUUAAUGCAUUCCAUAGUAAUAAUUGUGCAAUAAAUGUAAAUAUCGAAUGUGUACAAAUUAUUUAAAAAAAAAUAAUUGUAAUGUUAACGUUAACAAUAUAAUGUUGUAUUUGUAUUAAUAAAACUUACCGCGUAAGCCGUUUAAUUUAAGAUCAUUUUAUCGAUUUAUACUAUAUAUUUAUACUAUAUUUAUAUCGAUACUACCUGGAGCCACUGCGGUCAUCCAUAGUGCGUUUCCAGAGA